AGAAGUUUUGAACAGUGAAGAAAACCACAUAGUGGAUCCCACUCUGGAAACUGUUAUUUAAAUUUCUUUUCUUUUUUAUAGUUAUCAUUCUUCAUUCUUCUGUUCAUUAUUUUCUUUCAUUCUUCUUUUUCUACUCUCUCUCGCUGUCUACACUCUACACUUUGUAAACUCAUUGCUAUUGUAUUCUUUGUUUUUUCAAGGGAGAAUAUAAAUCUUUGCUUUCUGGGGAUGAGAAAAGAAAGGAAAAGAAAAUAAAAAAAAACCCAAUAAACAAGUUUCCGUUAUGCUUGGGAUUGGAUUAGAGGUCAUAACACCCGAAUCUUUGUUCUUUGGAUUGCUUUAACAGUGAUCGAGUUUUCUGGAAUUAUUAUUGAGUCAGAUGUGCAGCAUGUGUCAUUGUUGUGGUGCCGAACUUACGAAGUCCAACGAGGACAAGAGGAAUACGGAGAAUGGUAAUGCUUUAACGUCAAGUACUGGAGACUCCAUUUGGUCUUGUAAAUUAUGUUUGGAGAGGCAAGGAAGAGAAUUUGUGAAACAGGAUUUUAUUAGUCCAUAUGCAACACCAAUGAUCAGUCCAACCACUUCAUUGUCUGGCAGUGAUCGCUCAUAUUCUAGUUGCAGUGAUUUUUCAGUUGAUAUAAACUCAUAUGAUAGGGGUGAGGGUGACCAAGAGGUUGGCUUAAAAAAGAGUUAUAGGGAGCUCAAUUGUCUGCCAAAUGGCCGAUUGCAGCACCUGAGCUUAGAGGGCCCUAGGAAGAGAGUUGAUAGCUCAAAUAUGAUGACAGAUAGCAACUUGAGGGACAAGAAAAAUAGCAAAGAUGUGGACUUAGUGAGAGAUGUUGAGAUAACAGAAGCUAGUAAUGAUCGAGAAGAAAAAGAAAAUGUUGUUGAAAAUUCUCCUAGAACCUUUGACAAAGAAAGUGGAUCCUGUCCGUUUAUUAAUGGUGAAAUGUAUACGCAAAUUUGGGAACCUCCUGAACCUGAAGAUCAAGAAUACGAUUUGGAGGGUACUGUGGCUUAUGAUGAUGACGAUGAUGAUGAUGAUGAAUGUGGAGAUGGUACAAAAUGGGGAAAGCCAAGUUCCUUGAGUCAUAUUAAAGAUGAGGGCAAUGGAAUCUACAGGUUUGAAGAGGAAAAACAAAGGGCAAUGGAAGAGGUGAUAAAUGGGAAGUUCAAAGCUAUUGUAAGUCAACUUCUUAGGUCUGUGGGUGUUGCCAGUUCUGUGAAUGACGGUGAUAGUUGGGUGGAUAUAGUUACUUCUUUAUCUUGGGAUGCCGCUCUGUUUCUGAAGCCUGAUGCUAUUGAUGGCAAAACAAUGGGUCCAGAUGGAUAUGUGAAAGUGAAAUGCAUCGCAACUGGUUCUCGCAGUCAAAGCCAAUUAAUCAAAGGCUUGGUCUUUAAGAAGCAUGCUGCUCAUAAGCACAUGCAAACUAUGUACAAGAAUCCAAGGCUGUUAUUAAUUCAGGGAGUCCUUGGCCAGUUCUCUAGUGGGUUGUCUUCAUUCAGUUCACUAGAUGAGGAAAAAGGUCAUCUGAAAUCUCUUAGUGAGAUGAUAGAUAUUUGCCACCCAAAUGUGAUUUUGGUGGAGAAAACUGUUUCACGUGAUGUUCAAGAGUGUAUCCUUGCCAAAGGAAUCACAUUGGUGUUUGACAUGAAGCUGCAUCGUCUAGAGAGAGUUGCUCGUUCUACUGGCUUACCAAUCAUACCAUCUGAUGCUUUGAUGAAUCAAAAGCUAAAGCAGAAUGACUCCUUUAAGCAGUGUGACUCCUUUCAUAUAGAAAAGUUUGUUGAGGAACAUGCUUGUUUUGGUGAAGGGGGAAAACGGCCAAGUAAAACAUUGAUGUUCCUUGAGGGCUGUUCUAAACGACUUGAUUGCACUAUUUUGCUGAAAGGAAGUCAUUCUGAAGAACUAAAAAAGAUUAAGUGUGUUGUGCACUAUGCUGUUGUCUUGGCAUAUCAUUUAAUCCUUGAAACUUCUUUCCUUAUUGAUCAGAAAGCAAUGUUUUCAACAAUUCCUUUCACUGGCGUAGCAGAUGUGUUGCCAAUAGAUCGGGAAUCCCAUGCCUUAGAAACAAGUAACUUUAGUGUUCCUUGUCUUGAAAAGUCUACUGCUGAAACUGGAUCAAAUGCAGAAACUGGAUCAAAUGCAAUUGACAUUCCCAUUUACAAUGGGUUCCAUGAAGAAGGUUGCCACAUAAAUGGGGAAAUAGAUGGUGAUCUAAUUGUGAAGUCAGGAUUAGACUGCAGUUCAGCGUUAUCUUUGGAGCCAUAUAAUCCAGCCAUUUUCUCUGGGUUGUCAUCUAUUUCUGCCUCUCUGAAGAAAGUUGUAGAAAAUAGUUUUCCUCUUGCAUCCACUGCUCCUUAUCGGUCAUUGUCUGCAUAUUUUGGGUUAAAUGGGAGGGAAUCCAAGCUUACAGAAGAAGUUCCUCCAAUGAAAACUUCCGAGGUCUCAGGGCAGUUUGAUGCAGAAUUGAAAAGUGGUCGUGAUGAAGAGAAAUCUCUUUAUGAUGGACAUCCUCAAUCUUUUCCUGCUUCCUCUGAAUCCUCACUUAACUUGAAAGCUAAUGAUGAUCAUAAUGAAGAAAAAACACAAAAUACGGAGUAUGUUAACACAAUGUUGGAUUCACAAAGUAUUUUGGUUCUUAUGUCUAGCCAAAAUUCCUUAAGGGGGACUAUAUGUGAGCAAAGCCAUUUUAGCCAUAUCAUGUUCUACAGGAAUUUUGAUGUUCCUCUUGGAAAUUUCCUUCGAGAUAAUUUACUCAAUCAGAGAAGCCAGUGUGAUAUCUGUGGUGAACUGCCAGAAGCCCACUUUUACUAUUAUGCACAUCAUAAUAAGCAGCUAACGAUACAAGUGAAACGGCUUGCUAAGCAUUUACCUGGGGAAGCAGAGGGAAAACUUUGGAUGUGGAGUCGCUGUGGCAAGUGCAAAACUGGGAAUGGAAUUUCAAAUUGUUCAAAAAGAGUGCUAAUUUCAACUGCUGCACGGGGUCUUUCAUUUGGAAAGUUCUUGGAGCUCAGCUUUUCUAAACACUCUUUAUCCAGUGGAUUAUCCAGCUGUGGGCAUUCUCUGCAUAGGGACUUCCUAUAUUUCUUUGGGUUGGGCCCUAUGGUUGCAAUGUUUAGUUACUCUUCAGUUAACUCUUAUACUGUGUCUAUGCCUCCACAACAUCUAGAGUUAAGCGAGUUAAUUAGACCAGAUUGGCUGAAGGAAGAAUUGGAAAAUGUUUACAUGAAAGGGAUGCUAAUGUUCAGAGAGGUUGCAAGCUUUUUGGUGCAGAUAAAGUCACAGUUUAUGGGUUCAACUCUUAACCUUAAAGGCUCAUUAAAAGAAUUCUCUGAAGUUGAAGAGAUGUUGAAACUGGAAGCUUCUGAAUUUGAGGCAAAUAUUCAAAAUGCUGUCCCAAAGAAUGGAAAUGCAAACUUUGGUUUUCACAAACUCCUUAUCUUGAACCGACUAAGGUGGAAUCUUCUGCUGGAAUCAUGCAUUUGGGAUCAACGCCUGCAUUCUCUCCUCUCGCUCGAUCCUACAGUAGUAGUCACUGGUGCCAGUAACAAUGCAGUGCCGGAGCAAUUGAAGUCCGAUAUGGGUAGUGCUGAUGGAGAGGACGGUAGGGCAGAAACUAAAUCUGGAAAUGGUGAUAAAGUUUCUGAUAAUACUGGUAAUCUGAAAGCUGAGGCAGGUUCCUUUAUUGAAAGAAAUGAAUUUUCAGGUGAUGAAUUCUCUUUGAAUAUUCCUUUUCAAAAAUCUGAAGGGUGUGACAGCAUGCAUGGCAAUUCCACUGUGGUUGAUAAUAUUGAAAAGCCAACAGUGAACCCUGUGAAAUCAUCCAACCUAGAUUUCACUAUGACAUCUAAUAGAUCUGUUUGUCCUCAUUUUGGUGAUGAGAAUUGUCAAGCAGAGGAUGCACCUCCGUUAGAUAAUUUUCAAGUGGAUAGAACAAUUCCAAUUUCUACUGAUCUUGCCUAUAAUGAUUCUAUAGUUGAUUCAAAUGGAUCUAGGAGGGGUGGAUCUCCACGUUCAUCACUAUCCAGCUUAGAAAACUUAAAUGGAUGGUUCUGGAUGCCUUUUUGUGAAAUCAGAGAGCUGUAUAUGAAGGAUCUUCUGAGAGGAAUCGUCCCCAAGUUUGAAUCUAUCAGUAGUUAUACUCCAGCAAAAAUACCCACAGGCUAUCAAUUAAUCAGGGAGGAAGGGUCAAGGCUACACAUACCCCUAGGAACUAAUGAUUACAUAGUGUCAGAUUAUGAAGGUGAAUUGUCAAGUAUAAUUGCUUGUGCAUUAGCAUUGCUGAAAGAUCUGCCCACUAUAACAGAAAUGUCCAAUGAGGAUGGGAGGAGAGAUAAACUAAUUGAAAGUUUACGCAGCCUCAUUCGAGUUCCUACGAUAUCCUCGCAUUGGUCUUCUAGUGGUUCAUCUGAUUCAGACUCUGUCUCUAGUCUGAGCAUUUCAUCAGAAGAAUCACGCUUCUCCAGUUUUGAUGGGUUAAACUUGUUGGAUUCUCUAGUUCCUCCUGAUGCUAUAAACCUAGAGGUUUCUCUAGGUGUUUCAAAAUCAUUUGUGAAGGGUAAAUACUCGGUAGUAUGUUUAUAUGCUAACCAGUUCCAUGAUCUUCGGGAGCGGUGCUGCCUUUCAGAGCUUGAUUAUAUUUCUUCUCUUAGCCGUUGCAGAAACUGGGAUGCCAAAGGAGGGAAGAGCAAGUCCUUUUUCGCUAAAACACUUGAUGAUAGGUUUAUUAUAAAAGAAAUUAAGAAGGCUGAGUAUGAUUCAUUUGAGAAGUUUGCUUUACAUUAUUUCAAGUACAUGAAUCAAUCAUUUGAGUCCGGAAGCCAAACUUGCCUUGCUAAAAUACUUGGAAUUUAUCAGGUGAUAGUAAGACAGCCAAAAACUGGGAAAGAGUCCAGACAUGAUCUUAUGGUGAUGGAGAAUCUUACCUUUGGUAGAAAUAUUACUCGCCAGUAUGAUCUUAAAGGGGCCUUACAUGCUCGAUUCAGUUCAUCUGCUUCUGGUUCUGGAGAUGUUCUUUUGGAUCAGAACUUUGUCAAUGACAUGAAUUCCUCUCCGUUAUAUGUUAGUAAUAAAGCCAAGCGUCUCUUGCAACGGGCUGUAUGGAAUGACACAACUUUCCUCAAUUCAAUCAAUGUAAUGGAUUAUUCAUUACUUGUUGGGGUGGAUACCCAGCGGCAGGAGCUUGUAUGUGGGAUUAUUGAUUAUCUCAGGCAGUAUACUUGGGACAAACAACUUGAGACAUGGGUAAAGUCUUCAUUAGUUGUUCCUAAGAAUGUGUUGCCAACUGUAAUUUCUCCCAAGGAAUAUAAGAAAAGAUUCAGAAAGUUCAUGUCAACCUACUUUUUUAGUGUCCCAGAUCAUUGGUGCUUGCAGGAAUCCUCUGACCCUUUUGAACUUUGUGGCACUAGAGAUGAAGAUUUAUCUCAAUCCAAGUCCCUAAAGCAACCGUACCAAAAUGGUAUUUCUGCCUAGGUCUUGUAUUCCUUGUUUCUCAAUUUUUUCCCUUGAAUUAGCCCUCAUUUUCUUAGCCAAUUGAAAAAUUGCUGUGUACAAAUCCAACCCUUUUAUCAUGCAGUUUUUAGCAAAUUUCUGGGGACUGUUUCAUUCAUAAUUUUGUACAGUCAAGUGAGGAAUUGUAAAGAGCCGCAGUUAUUGUAAGACUGAUAAUUUAAAAUCAAUGAAAAGUUUCAGCUAUUGGAAAUAGAUUUGUCUUCUAAAUGC